GGAAGAUGUCCGCUGUGCAGCAACACUGAAACGUCCCGCAGCAACUGAAGGCACCACGUUGGAAGAUGCAUUCAGGAAGGAUGUCCUGGUUCGAAGCGGUCCUGCUGGUUCUGGUUCUGGCUGUCUGCUCCGGGCUCCCAACAGAACCGAAGGUUUCUGCAGUGCUGAAAGGAAAAGUCCAGGACGUUUAUGAAGAACUGUGGCUGAAUAACUCGGACCUGGCCCGGCAGACGCUGGCGGUUCCCUUCCUGCAGCACAUGCAGCGCGGCGACCUGCAGGCCGACGACUACAUGGCCUUCAUGCUGCAGGACAUCCUGUACCUGCUGAACGUGACGGACAUGUUGGGGCAGAUGAGCCGCAGGACGCUUCCCGACGACCUGAAGACCUUCAUGCAGCAUCGCUACCAGAGCUACCAGAGCUUCUCCGACUACAUUCUGGACCGGUUCAAGCUCAAAGCGCCGCUGGACAUCAGACCCAUCCUGGCCAUGGAGCGGUACCUGCUGGACUACAGAACCAUCAUGGACAAAGAGGAGCCCAUCUUCUUCGCCGUGAGUCUGCUGCCCUGCUCCAGGCUCUGGAUCUGGAUCGCUAGCAGCCUGGAGGAAAGCUACUGCAACGCCUACUUCGUCUGGAAGAAGGGCAACAUGCACGGCAACCCGGAGAAGCACUACAAGGUUCUGCUCAACAAGAACCUGAAGACGCCCGACCGCAUCAAACGGGCCAACCAGAUCUUCAGGCAGCAGAUGCAGAACGAGCAAAACUUCUUCGCUGCUUCGCUGGUGGAGUAGAGCGAAGUCUGGUACCAGAACCGGCACCAGUUCCACAAGCAGAGUGAACUCUCAACUCUAGUACCAGAACCGGUUUAUCACAGUGGAGGUCCAGAAGAUCCAGUCGGAUCACAACAACCAGCAGCUUAACUUAGGAAGAAUAUUAAAGUAGUUCCAGCUGUUAUGAAA